UCAACCGACCAUGCCGAUAAAUCAGCUCGGGGCGUUGUUGAUAUAAUGCAAAAGUCCUUGUAUUUAUAUUCUGAUAACUAAAAGUCUUUGCUAAAUUCGAACUGACGGACAAAUUGAAAAGGAUGGCGUAAUAAUGUGUUAUAUACAAGAAUAUAAAUUCUAAAGGUUUCACGUUGCGAGCGUUCAUUGAACUUUCUCAAAUCGGAUGUAAAUAUAGACCUGUAAUUAUGAAUAGGAAGACAAUUUCCUUUACCAAGGACAGUCUAUACGAUCUUGUGCCUACUAGUAACAUGCAAUGGGAGGAUAUACAGAAAAACACAUUCACAAACUGGGUAAACGAACAACUAAACACCAAGGGGAUUAUCGUUCGUGAUAUAAGAAGUGAACUAUCGGAACAUUUAGGUACAUUAGUGGAAGUUUUACAAAGACAGCAGAUAUUGGGUAUAACUAACAGGUCGGACAAUCAGUAUGCACGGUUACAAAACAUCACGGUUGCAUUGGAGGCUAUUACUAGUGAUGGCGUUAGGAUAGUCAGUAUAGACAGUUCUGAUAUCGCUGACGGAAACUUGAAGUUAAUUCUAGCCUUGAUAUGGCAGCUGAUACUCCGUUAUCAAAUAGGCAAUGGAAACAUUCAAAACAAAAGUUGGCUGUUGGCAUGGAUACAGGCAGUUAUCCCACAAUGCAAAGUGAUGAACCUGACAACCGAUUGGAACGAUGGUUUGGCUUUAAAUGCUUUACUGGACUUCUGUAUGCCUGGUCUGUCGCCACAUUGGAGGUCACUUGACAAAACAGAUAAAGUUAGUAACUGUAAUUAUGCUAUGAAGUUGGCACGCCAGCAGUUCGGGAUACCUCUUAUUCUUCGUGCAGAACAUUUAGCCAGUACUGAUUUAGAUGAAUUGUCCUCCAUUACUUAUCUGUCGUAUUUCAUCAAAGUUGGUUCUCCUGGUUACAACGCAACCCUACAGAGAAUACAACCCAUGGUUCAUAACGUUCCGGUCUUUAAUUUUACAACAGAUUGGAAUGACGGUCGAGUUUUAACAGAACUGGUUACCAACUUGGGAGCCAGGAUCCAAGACACCUCUCAUACAAAUAUCUCAGAAAUACAGAGGCUCCAAGAAGGAAUUGACGGUGCAACGCAACUAGGUGUAGAGCCUCUUUUGACUGCCUCUGACAUUGCUGAGGAAGAUCAGGAACAUAUAGGAAUAAUGGCGUACGCUGCAAAGUUUUUGUACCUAAAACCAGAAAAUUCCACUAUACAAAGUACUUCAGCAACGAAUGGGGUUACAACACUUUACGAAGAAGAACGAAGGGUAACAAGCAGAAGUAUACCAAACAUUUCACACCGGAAAACAACAUUGUCUUCAUAUCCGGUCAACGGUGAAGUAGAUUCGUACAAGUUUUCAUCUGAGACAAGAAGUAGUGCGGAUUAUUCUAAACCUAUAAGUAUAGACACAAACCAACAUUCGCCAAUGCUUUAUAGGAGUCAAAAUGGACGUCAAAAUGGGCCGCUGACGACGUAUCAUAUUGAUAGCAAUACGAAUUUUGACGACGCAGAGGAUUCAUUUGUUUUUCAAAGAAUUCCAUCUUUAAGGAAAGAAAAAGGAAAAAAACAUAAAACGGACACGAUUGAUAAUGUCAGUGGAAUAAAAGUGGAUACUUACUCUGUGGGUGUUAUUAUUUCGACUACAUCUCAUGAAAUUAUUAGCAAAGACGAAGUAAUUGUUGAAGCAGAAUCACCUAGCGGCAGAGUUGUCAAACUAACAGGAGACGGCAAUUAUAAUGCUCAAUUUACACCUGACGAAAUAGGGGAAUGGAAAGUGAGUUUAUUCUGUCACGGCAAGUUAGUAGAUUCUUGUCCAAUAGAUGUUUGUGAUCCCUCCCAAGUUAAAGUUACUGGACUAAAAGGAGGCAUUGUUAACAAGAGACAAUAUUUUACAGUUGACUGCCAUAAUGCGGGGAAAGGUGAUUUGGAAGUGUUCAUUGACUUCCGGGGUACAAAAGUUCCUUGUAGUGUUAAAGAAACCCAGACAGGUGUUUAUACAGCUAGUUAUCUCCCUUACAUCUGUGGAGUGUACAGUGUCAGAGUUAGUUUUAAUAAAUCAGAAAUUAGAGAUUCUGACUACCUCCUUGGGUCCGACAGUGACGGUAUGCAUCGAAGAGCAAUAUUUUCGACAUCUAUCGAACCUGAUAGAGACAAAUAUAACGUUAAGUCGACAUGUGACUGGCAGAUAGAUUAUAUAACAGGAGGGCCGUUUGAGGUGUUGAUCACAGAUAAAGCUGAUAUUAAAGUAUACAGUAUGCAGGAUGGAACUGUCUGUAAUUUCCCUCACUUAAUAGCUGAUUGUUCAGGAUUAGAUCCAGGACGAAUCGAAGCUCAUGUAUCGUAUAAAGGUUAUCGUUUCCCUGCAAAUACAGUUGAGGAUGAUCCGGGUAUACACAGAAUAACUUUCCAACCACGUGGUAAAGGAACAUACAAAAUAUGGAUUGUUUUUGAUGGAAGAAUGGUAAAAGGUUCCCCGUUUACACAAGAAAUAGAAGAAAUAGCUGCUACAGCCGUUGGCGAAGGGUUGAGAAGAGGCAGGGAAGGUCACGAGACCACAUUCAAAAUAGACGCACGAGGAUUUCCGGGGGAACUGUCUGUUACAGUGGAGGGUCCACAUUACCCAAUAAAUUGUAAUGUAGUAACGAACGAUGAUGGAACACACACGGCUACAUAUGUACCAGAGGAGGCUGGUCCACACAGAAUACACGUCAAACUGGAUGGCAAAAAUAUAGACGAUAGUCCUUUCAGACCAUUAAUAGUAGAUCCUUCUAAAAUACGUGUUUCUGGAGGAUGGGAACCCCUUCUUGAUGAAAACGAUAGAAUCCCACUUAUUGUCAAUAAAGAGAAGCAAAUUCCCUUUGAUGCCUCUGAGGCUGGUCUCGGUGAGCUAACGGCUGAGGUACAUGGUCCUAGUUACAAGGUUCCAGUAGCAAUUGAUUCCAGAAUAGGAGGGAAACAUACGCUUAUUUUUACACCAAAAGAGGAAGGUCGCCACUAUAUAGACGUGAAGUGGUGUGACUUCCCUAUAUCACAUAAACCGUUUCUUGGUUAUGCUGUUUGGCUUCCUGAAAGUGACAACCAACAUCAGCCGGUCUUAUCUCCACUAGUGGUUAUGCAACCAAAGGAACACCAUUCAUCUGACCCAGGCCACCUUCAUAACAGUCCAAAUAGAUAUAACUAUCACCUUAUACAUCCAACGGUUAAACAAGAGGAAGUACAUCCCAAACCGAUGCAUUAUAAAACAUUGUCAAGUCCGAGAGACAGAUCUUUUGAAGAACAACCAGUUCUGUACACGUCAGUUCCGAACAAUAGAACAUUCCAAAAGCAAUACCCAACGGUUAAACACGAAGAGGUACAACCUGACCCGAUACAUUAUAAAACAUUGUCGAAUAACGGAGACAGAUCUUUUGAGGAACAGCCAAUUCUGUAUACGUCAGAUCCGAACAAUAGAACAUUCCAACAGCAACACCCAACGGUUAAACACGAAGAGGUACAACCUAACCCGAUACAUUAUAAAACAUUGUCGAAUUACGGAGACAGAUCUUUUGAAAAACAGCCAAUUCUGUAUACGUCAGUUCUGAGCAAUAGAACUUUACAACAGCAACACCCAACGGUUAAACAACAAGAAGUACAACCCAAACCGAUGCAUUAUAAAACAUGGUCAAAUCAGGGAGACAGACCUUUAGAACAACAACCAAUUAUUUAUGCGUCAGUUCCAAACAAUAGAACAUUACAACAGCAAACGACAAAAUAUACCACACUUCCUAACAGCAGACGACUUAACCCGGACUCUGUGAUAUAUACGUCUACUUCAGACAAUUGGGAUGGACAUCUAGACAGCAGAGUAAACGGAGACGCGUUGGAUGGCCCAUGGGUAAAUACAGCGAAUACAAAACCAACAACAAUCUAUGUUACUAAACAUAAACGCCAUAAAAAGAAACGUUUUUUGAGUGGAAGCAGUUCGUCUUCGUCAUCAUCAUCAUCUGACGAGUCAAGGAAGAAAGUACCUCAAUCUAAAGUUACUCUUCUCCGAAAAGUAGUAGAUGAGCCUAAAAUAGCAAUGGUUCGGAGAGUUCCUGAUGACCCUAGAAUAACAGUGGUUCGUAGAGUUCAAGACGAUCCUAAAAUUACCCUAGUUCGAAGGGUUCAAGAUGAUCCUAGGAUUACUGUUGUUCGAAAAGUGUCUGAUGUCAGUUCUAGAGCAACAUCUAGAGUCCUUGUUCCACGGCGUACCGGUAGUCUACAUUCAACUGCAACUACUAAUACAGAUCCGGAAAGGGUUGUCUAUCGAACGCCCCACAUUUACACAACUUAUAUGGCUAACAGUCCUAGUCGUAGUUCGGGUUCAAUGUCACCGUCAUAUAAAAUUGUUGAUGGUCCGGCAUUGUCUCAUAGGAGUUAUGAACAUUCACCAAUAGAUUCUUCAAAAGUUAUACUCAGUGGUAAAGGACUAAAACAAGCUUUUGUCAAUAAGGAAGCGACAUUUAAUAUCGACGGACGCAAUGCAGGACCAGGUGAACCCUCCACGAAAAUGUUUAGUCCAAAAUAUGAAAUCCCUCUCGAAGUAAAGCCAAUUGGUCCUAAACAAUAUCGAUGUUCUUACAUUCCUGCCUACCCUGGGGCGUACUUACUGGAUAUCAAAUGGAACGAUAGAAAACUGAAGUGUUGUCCUUUCAAAAUUAACGUCAAUCCUCCAUUUUACCCGGAGAAAGUUAAUGUCAGUGGAGCACAUAUUAAAGGUGGAAUGGUUGGAAAGGACUUCCAUCUUCAGAUAGAUCCAAGAAAAGCGGGGAAAGGAAAACUUACUGCCAAAUGUGCUGGUCCUUCUAACCAGAAAGUGGCUGUAUCACUUGUUGAAAACAUCGAUGGUACUACUAAAGUGUCUUUCAAACCCGUAGAUGCCGGCAGACAUAUUAUGUCUAUCAAAUACAAUAAAGAACAUGUUUUAGGUAGUCCCUACGCAAUCGAUAUAAAGGUACCUCACCACAGUGGAAUAGUAUAUGUACAUGGACCAGGCAUAGAGAACAAUGGUGUCUUAGGAGAAUACGAAAGUCAUUUUUGGGUAGAUGCUAGAGACGCUGGGUCAGGAGAACUUAAUGUCAGUGUCAUGGGUCCUAAAGGUGCUUUCAAUGUAGAAAUGAAGAGAGACAGUCAGAAAGAUCGAAUAUUUCACUGUAGAUACAAUCCACAUGAGCCAGGAACUUAUACAAUAAAUUGCAAGUGGUCAGGACAUCACGUGGGAAACAGUCCGUACCGAAUCCACUUAGGCGUAUCAAAGGAUGAUUUAGAUAGAUUCCUCUUAGACUUACAACAUGGCGAAACUUUACUUUAUUAACUUCUAGAAUACAUUGCAAUGUUAGAUGAUCUGAAAUUAUAGAUUUUAUGGGUACUAUAUCAAAAUAGAAAAUUGAAGACGUAUUCAUCAAAGCGUUGUAUUAAAUGUCGAACAAAUCUGAACGACAUAUAGGGAUAAAAUGUUUUAUGCAAUUCAACAAUCUAUUUAAACAAAAAAUCAUCACAAAACACAGGACGAAAUACCCUGCACCAGGUUUAAAGUUUGAUGUAAAUAUUGUGAAAGUUUUGGGGUUAAAACAUAAAAACUUGAUAAUUAUCACUUAUAUGCACAACGCAAACAACCUUUCAACAGUAAAUAGGACAUGGUUACAAACAGACACAUUCAAAACGACUAUAACGUUUGCAAACACGAUUAAAAAAGAAUAUGUGUUAUGCUUCUACGAUAAAAAAAAAAAAAAGAUCAUUGUACAUUGGAAAAGUGUAUAAUUAUAUAUUAGGAGGGGUAAACUGUAUCGGUAAAUGGUCUAAAUGGUAAUAGGUAGUGCAUUUAAUUUAAAAUUGCCCUUACUUGGCCAGCAUAUUUUCAUUUGAACGCAAGAAUUUAUGUUAGCAAAUAAGAGCAGGGGUAAAUUGUUCAAUUGGUUAAUCUGUGAAUGCAACAAUGUGAAGAAUACUCAUCUUAAAAACACUGUUUCGAUUUUUAAUGUAAAGCAUUCUUGAAUUAUUUACAACAGUCAGGGUUGUUCCGAAGACAUAAUAUUUCAAAAGUGUGAAUGUAUCGGAAAUAGCUAAUAUAAACAAUAUAGGAUUUAAUGCUGACAUGUAUCAUUUAUAAGCGAUCUCACACAUAUUAUUGUAAUACAUACAUGUAUACACACGCUUGAAUAAAAGAAAUAUAUAUAGGCGGUAGUCCAGUGCACCCUACCUUUUAGACAUUUAUUUAAGUCGAUCUCUAUCUGCGUUAAUAUAAAAUCAACGAAUUCAUAUAUUUAUAUAUAUAUAUAUAUAUAUAAAAUAUUGUAUUACAUUUACUUAUAGAUAUAUUUUCCAAAAUAACAAAAAAAAUCCCUUCACCAAGCCAAUUGGAUAGAUACUUAGACGUUAAGUACGUCAAUGCCAAACUCUCCCAAAAUUAUGUUCCACUGCCUAUAAACACAUAUAUGUACCUGUCCCACCGCAUAUAAACAAAUAUAUGUACCUGUCCCACCGCCUAUAAACAAAUAUAUGUACCAUUUUGUUAUGAUUAUGUAUGCAAAAGAAAAUAUGUUUUGUUAUCAAAUAAAUUUAUA